AUGUACCUAUGGAACAACUACCUGGGCGGCACGUCUUCCUCUCGCCCUUUGGGCGACGCCGUACUCGACGGCAUCGACUUCGACAUCGAGCUCGGCAGCGCCAAGUUCUGGAACAAUCUCGCCACGGACCUGAAGAAGUUGGGCAAGACGGUGCUGCUGAGCGCUGCGCCGCAGUGCCCAUUCCCCGACGAGUGGGAUGGCGGCGCGAUCAACACCGGGCUGUUCGACUUCGUGUGGGUGCAGUUCUAUAAUAACGAGGAGUGCCAGUUUAGCGCAGGUCGGAGUGCAUUCCUUAACGCAUGGAAGAAGUGGGAGUCGGUGCCGGCGGGGAAAAUCUUCCUUGGACUACCGGCUUCCAAAGACGCUGCGGGGACGGGGUUCGUGCCCGCCCGCGAGCUCACCUCGCGUGUUCUGCCGCUGAUCAAGGGCUCUCCCAAGUACGGUGGUGUCAUGCUGUGGUCCAAGUUCUACGACGACCGCACGGGUUACAGCGACGCCAUCAAGAGCCACGUCUGA